GCAGCCCCCGCCGUCGGGGGGGCCCCGCAGGCGCUUGGUCCCCGGCCGAUGCCCUCGGGGUCGAAUCGCGGCGGAGCUCCCCGGAGCAGGCACCACAAGUGUUAACAGCCCGCGGCCGCUCGCCUCAAUUUCCUGUCCCGCUUCUCCUUUUCCUUCUCCCGCAGCCGGAGCCCAAAUUUCGGACAGUGCCGAUGGCCUGGCGAGCAGCUGCGGCGGCUCAGCUCCUGCUCGGGCAGCUCAGCCUCUUCGCCCUCCGGCUCUCGGGUGUGGGUGCCCAGGUGAGUGAAGGCUUCCAGCUGCAGCAGCCUCAGGACAAGGUGUCAGUGACAGCGGGGGAAACGCUCACCUUGACCUGCACCACAUCUGGAUAUGGUCCUCCUGGCCCCCUGAAGUGGCUGAAGGGCUGGGGCAUGGGGAAUGAGACUGUUUAUGACCAGAACAGCGUGUUCCCCCGUGUGACCAGGGCAGAGCCUGGAUCCAACACAGAUUUCAGCAUCUACCUCCGGGAUGUUGGCCCCGAGGAUGCUGGCACCUAUUACUGUGUCAAGUUCCGCAAACGGUUUGGUGUGGAUGAGAUGUUCCAGCACGGGAAGGGCACAGAGGUGUCCCUGCAUGCAGCAAAGUCCCUGAUGCAGAGACCUCACAUCUGUCCAGCCAGCUCCACAGGAAGGAUGAACACGAGAUCCACUACGCCGACCUCCAGCCCCUGCCCACAGCCCCACGGCACGGCAGGACCCUUCCCCCCCCAUCCUGCUCUGAGUACGCCAGUGUGCGGGUGGCUGCCAAGUGACAUGUGGCACUGCCACCUGAGGAGCUCCUUCAGGAGAGGGAGCAGGGACGUUUCUGCAGGGCACAAGAAGGAAGAAGUGGAUCUGCCUGCGUGGCACAGCCCGGCCUGAGUUCAGCACGCUGUGCUCGGUUCUGGAAAAGCUCCCCAUAACCAUUCCUGUCUCAGCAGUGGUGCUGGGUGAGGCUCUGGGAUGGACCUGCAGUGCUCAGGACUCAGUAACCAUCUCAAGCACAAGAUCAGGCCACGGGCUGAGCACCUCUGCCUGGUGCAAGCCAUGCAGUGCCAAUGGCUCCAGGAGGACCCCAGCCUCACCUGUCUGCACCAGCACAGGCCACCCCAGGCCUGUCCCAGCUCAACAGGUCCAUAAGUUGUGUUAUCGAGCCCGUCUUCAUUAAAGCCAACAAACAGCCCUCCAGCCCUGCUGUGUUC